CAAACUAUGUUAGCAACUCCGACAAGAUUCGUUGCUUUAACAAACCCAUUCCGAUCUUCUUCCACUAAGAUUCCGAUCUCCGUUUCUCUCUUUCCCGAAGCUUUUCUUCACAAACCAUUGACCAGAGCUUCAGUACAUCUUCGUUUCGUAGCGACGAUGUCGACCCCUGCCGCUGCCGUCUACGCAACCAUCACGCACGUCAUUUUCGACAUGGAUGGUCUCCUUCUCGAUACGGAGAAGUUUUACACUGAAGUUCAGGAAAAGAUUCUUGCUAGAUACAAUAAAACAUUUGAUUGGUCUUUGAAGGCGAAGAUGAUGGGGAGAAAAGCCAUUGAAGCUGCUAGGCUUUUCGUCGACGAAAGUGGAAUCAGUGACUCUCUUUCAGCUGAAGAUUUCAUUGUAGAGAGAGAGUCAAUGUUGCAAGGCCUCUUCCCUACAAGUGACCUAAUGCCUGGAGCUAGCCGACUUCUCAGACAUCUCCAUGGGAAAGGAAUUCCAAUUUGUAUAGCCACGGGAACACACACACGACAUUUUGAUCUCAAAACACAGAGACACCGUGAGCUUUUCUCGUUGAUGCAUCACGUCGUUCGUGGAGAUGACCCAGAGGUGAAGGAAGGGAAACCUGCGCCAGAUGGCUUUCUUGCUGCAUCCAGGAGGUUUGAGGACGGUCCUGUAGAUCCACGGAAGGUUCUGGUUUUUGAGGAUGCACCUUCUGGAGUCCAGGCAGCUAUAAACGCUGGAAUGAAUGUGAUAAUGGUACCGGAUCCAAGAUUAGAUAAGUCUUACUGCGGUGCAGCGGACCAAGUUCUGGCCUCUCUGCUAGAUUUCAAACCAGAGGAAUGGGGCUUACCUUCCUUCCAGGAUUCACACAACUAAACCUUUAAGCUUUUCAAAGUAACGUUAUCCUCAAUCUAACGAUACUUGACUGGUUGACUUUGAUUCUUUAGCAGAUUCAAGCCUGUACGUGUACCCUAUACUAGAAAGAUCAUUGCAAAUUGUAGUUCUUAUUGGUGUCAUUUGAAAUAAAAUAUUACUUUCUAAUACAAUUCUUCUAUUUUAUACA